UCCUUCACAACUGUUUAUUUCUUUUCCAUGGAAAUUUCUUCCGUUUCUUGCUGCAUUGCGAGGCGAAAUGGCCCUUGGUUGGAUUUUGCUUUUUGUUAUAUGAUUGGCUGGAAAAGGAAGUGUAAGGCGCUUCGGAGCCUCAUGUUCGUCUACUCUGCUCUCUACUAUCAUCUUCCGAUACAGGCCGUGUUCGUACCCAGCAAUGCAAAGCUAUUCAUAUUACCCAGGUCAGCAACAGCAGCAGUACUUUUCUCCUUCAUCGUACCCCACUGGUGCGAACAGUGGAUAUUCUCCAUUUGUCAACUACGGCGGACAGCGACUAGCAAAUCCGGGGCCUUAUACCAACGGAACUCCUUAUCCAACCAAUCCUGCGUCAUUUCCACCCAAUUCUACGCCUUUUCCCCAGCCAAAGCCUUUUAUUCCACCCGACCUCGUUGCACAGAUAACACCUCCAAAAACAGCAACCAAACAGCCCAAGGCCACGAAACAGAGAUCAUCAACAGUUCCUGUACACGGCACGGCUCCAGUGAAAUCCGCUAUCAAGAGAUCAUCUACCACAAACGCUGUGCCUACGCAGCAGGUUAGAUUGGAGAGGCAACGAACGUCAAGCGGGGCCAGCAGACCAGCGACUGCUCCAUCAAGGGAGACUGUGACACGAACGAGAACAAAGUCGGAUGCCCAAUCACCGGUGGCAAAGGCGAAAGCUUCAUUUCAAUCUUGCCAGAUAUUCAUGACGUUCCAUGGGAAUAAUGAACUUGUCGUUGAACAUAUAACAGAGGCUGCGAUGGCUGAAAUAAGACAACAAAUAUUCGGCAUUUGGAAAGACGGCAUAGAAAGCGAUGAACAACGAGACUCUAUAUGGCGGGUAAAAUUCAAGAACACUCCAUGGAAUAUGUCUGGUCCGCAUAAGAAAAGGGCUUGGGACAUGAUUGUGACUCUGUUCCGAGUGUUUGCAAUACGAGGGUACGCAUUUCAAACCAGCAUCAAUAUUGGCCUCCAGCCCCCGCGACUCGUUUUCGUGGCUCGCGCUGUCGACAAAACCGCUCGCUUCUUUCUUGCAUUCUUUACGAAAGGUGGUCUCCGAGUCAACCUAAUCCAUCCGCCGUCCACCGUUCAAGACACCAUCGGGCACUCACUGAUGAUUGCAUUCCCCGAUUUGAUUGCUUAUGACGAGGACAUCGACCACAUCCGAUCGAUAGAACUGAAGCGAGAAGCAACCAGAAGAACUCGCCGUCUGAAUUUUGAACCUGCUCAAUCAUCAGCUUCUACGGUCGACGCCAGUUACUUCCUUCUUCGCGUCCUUCGAGCACUUAGUGACGUUGGUUUCAAUUUGGAGACCACAAUACCUCUAGGGGGGAACUCGAACUGGCCUCUACGCUCUAGUACGGAUAUAGGAACACAUAGAGAGCUAUACGUUUUCAAAGGUGUCCCUUCACACCGAGUCGGCUGAAUUGAUGAAUGGAAUGAACUCGUGUACUAUACAGCAAAAAGUAUUCUAUUGCGAUGACCAGACAGUGUAUUAUCUACAAGCUUUAUAUAUCUUUGCCUAU